GUUCAGAUUUCUCGUUUAUUUGCUGAUCGUUGCGUGAUCUCGUUCAAGAGGAUCGAGUAGAAGGCAAACGAAAACAGCCUAAUUCGAUCGGGGAACCAGUGGAAAUUGCGACAAAGAUGUUAUACGCUUUUCAUCUGCGAUAUUGGCUUGAGGAAACACGAGAGGAGAAACGGUAAUGGACGAUGACAAUGAACGAUAGAUGAGAAAAAUAACCUGUCGAACGUUAAACAUACGGAAAUUUGAUUGUAAUAAUUUGAUGGAAAAAUGACAGACUUUUGGAAGUAGAAUUGCACGAAAAUAAAUGAUGGAAAUAUCAUUUCUGGGCUUAAAAUGAUCCAUCGAUGAUCCUCGGGUUUUAAUAUAGAAGUUGACUUGUUUCUGUUAAGUUCUGAUGGAUGCAACCGCUGGAAGUUUCACCGCGAUUAAUUUACACGACGACGAGCUGAUCAAACCUGUUCGCUAUUCGGAAUUCGUAACUUCUCCAGCGACAACAUUGAUUAGUUUUAUCGGCCUCAACGCGAGACCAGAAAUUUCUCGAAGAAAAUUAAAGCAGCUCACCGAGUUCGGAGGCAGCAUCAACGAUCGGAAUUAAAGCAUCCCGAUAUCGUCGUUUUUAAAAUUCUACGGCUCGUCGGAGAUAUUAAUUCAGCACGGUUAAUCGAUACGGAACUGGUGGAAAUUAAUCGAUACGAGAUAAAGCCCCGUGAAACCGUCCGCGGCCAUUGGCCACCGCCGGCACACCAUCAAAAUGUGAAACGCUACUACGAAUUCUAUUGGAACAAACGGGACCAGACACCAGGGUAAAACGAAACCAUGUUCAAAGCCCUUACCACGGUAUCACCGUUGGAUUCAUGGACAGUACCGUCCACGUCGUCGAUCCUCAGGGUGACGUCGGAAAUAUCAUCGGCCACCAAGUAUUCCAGCAUAGGAAGCGUGUACGAGGUGAUCAAUGAUACGAUACUGAAGGAGGAUGACAACAAGGAGGAAGAGUACACGCCGUAUCGCGAACGACCAGAGACGUAUAUCGUGCCGGUGGUGUUUCUACUUAUAUUGCUGAUCGGGCUAACCGGAAACGGGGUGCUGGUGCUCACUAUACUCCGACACAGAAACAUGAGGAACGUUCCUAAUAUUUAUGUUUUCUCCCUGGCGCUUGGAGAUCUCCUGGUGAUAGUUACGUGCGUGCCGUUUACCUUCACCGUCUACAUUUUAGACUCUUGGCCCUUCGGGCUGGUGCUUUGCAAAGUUUCCGAGUGCGCCAAAGACAUCUCCAUCGGGGUCUCGGUGUUCACAUUAACGGCACUCUCGGCGGACAGAUUUUUCGCUAUCGUGGAUCCGAUGAGGAAACUCCACGCCACCGGUACAGGGAGGCAGGCAACGGGUUUCGCGAUCAUCGUUGCUGCGAUGAUUUGGCUGUUAGCCAUUCUGUGCGCUAUUCCAGCUUCUUUUUCCUACAUCAAAGUAUUCCGGGUGAACAGGAACGUGACCUUUCGCGCCUGCUAUCCAUUCCGGGAAGAGUUCGGCCCGAGAUAUCCUAAAACCAUCGUCGUCUGUCGUUUCUUCAUCUACUAUGCGACGCCGCUUACCAUCAUCGCCGUUUUUUACAUUCUGAUGGCCAGACACCUGGUGAGAAGUACCAGAAAUAUACCUGGAGAGAUGCAGGGUCAGGUGAGACAAGUGAAAGCACGAAAGAAGGUAGCGAAAAUGGUGAUGACAUUCGUGAUAGUUUUUGCGGUGUGUUUCCUCCCUCAGCACGUGUUCAUGCUGUGGUUUUACAUUCACCCGUCGGCACAAGAUGAUUACAACGUUGUCUGGCAUUAUUUUCGAAUACUCAGCUUUUGUCUGGCGUUCAUCAACAGUUGCAUCAACCCCAUAGCUCUGUAUUGGGUGAGCGGCACGUUCAGGAAAUACUUCGACAGGUACCUGCUUUGUUGCGUGCCGAGGAGGAUUCGCAGACGACAACGUCGUUCAUCAGACCUGAGUUCACGGGGUCGGGGUCAAAGUAUCACGUUGAUGAGCUCUAAAAGGUACAUGGGUGAUUCUCGUCGAGGACAACGAAGCACCGUGCAUAUGUCCAUCCUUGGUAAUGACGUUAGGGCCAGCCUUCCAAGCAAGGAACAAGAGACGACCAUUAGUUUAACCGCGUGUCCAAAUGGCGUUGAUGAUGAUCCGAGAAGUUAUCGAAAUUCGACCAUCGAACCGCCCAUCAAUCACGAUUGCUCGUUAAAAUCCAAGGACUGAACGAUUCAGCGAUUCCUUGAUAGCUGGUAAUUUAUUUUGUCUUUUUAAGUGAACGAGGACUUCGUUGAUUGAGUUGAAUAAACUGUGAUCAUUUCUCGAACGAUUACCUCAUACUGUGAAAUGAAAAAGUGUUGAAAUUUGAAUGAAUGUAAAAGAAGAGCAAGAAAAAGUGUGAGUAAUUAUUUUUAAUUAAUAUUACUUAGAUUAAGAUUAUGGAAUUCGAUGAACAUCAGGAUGGAAUAUCAUCUGUCAUUUUGUGAUUAUCAUUGAUUUCUUCUCGAUGCACCAAUCGUCGAAUCUAGAAUUAGACACGGAAGCAAUUUGUAAAUCGAAUCGAUGUGGCACGUAAGUGUACAUUCAAAGCACAUUCAUUUUGUGAAUAAAAUUUAGACAUCGAA